AUGGAUUUCAUCAAGACCAGUUCCCUGCGUUCUCGGAUUGAGUUAACUUUCCAACGCAACUGGAACGGCCUAAUUUGGAUGAGUAGAAACAGAGUUAUAACCAAAAGAGUGAAGACUGUCCAGACAGCUCUAUCGAGAAUCAGCGCCCAACCGCGCAGUCCGGCUGGCCGAGGAACGAACGUUCCACGCUCGGCCAAAGUCAUAUCCGUCCGUCUGAAGUCUCGGCCAAAGUUCGAAACCGAACGACCGAUCACAUAUCACGACCCAGGAAACAUGAGCCCGCGGUCAGCCAAGCUACAACCGUUUCACGCCACGCCGCGCACGACCAUGCCGCGCGAGCCGGGGAACAAAGCCUCGCGGCCGCGCAACCCACUUCGCGUACCACAGCCGAUGCAUCCGUCCGAGCCGGGAAAGAACGUACCACGUCCGGCCGAGAAACCAUCGACCAGUCCAUCACCCGUCCGACCACGCCGGCCGACCGAAGAAUUAUCCGGCCACGACCGUUCCGAUCGCUACCAUGAUCCGACUGUCCGGCCGAUCGUCCCGGCCGACCGACCAAACGCCGCGAUCAACCCAAAGCCCGUCUUUUGGAGCAUUCUGGAGCAUAUGGGACAUGAAGGAGCAUGGAGGGACUUGGCACAUGGAAGCAGCUCAACUGGAUACGCAAAGGAAGAAGGGAGAAGCCAUCUUGAAGACCAGCUCGACCGUCUACUCGACCAACCGGUCGAGUUCCUCAACUCGACCGGCCAAGCUUCAACUCGAUCGAGCUGA